AACAACAUCUGUACUAAAGACAAUGGUAAUUGUACGUGUAAAACUAACUUUUCUGGAAAUAAAUGUGAUUCGUGUACACAGGGUAGAUAUGGCACGGGAUGUUACCAUGGUACUAACUGUAAAACUAGAUGUUCUAGUAAUUGUACUGAAGAAUGUAAUAAAUCAACAGGUAGAUGUAUAGAAUGUAUAUCAGGAAUAUUUGGAGAUGAUUGUAAUAAACCAUGUCCUGUUAACUGUAGUGAAACUUGUACCAGGGACGAGGGUAAAUGUGGUGGCUGUAAACCUAAUACAGUUGGUCUAUAUUGUAAUUCUACAUGUGGUGCUGAAUGUCUACCAAUUACAGACGGGACUCGAGAAACAUGUAAUAGAGAUGGUAGAUGUACUGAAUGUAUUGUGGGAAGAUAUGGCGAUGGCUGUGAUUGGAAUUGUAGUACAACAUGUGAUGGCAACUGUAGUAGGAGUAAAGGUAUAUGUACUGAAUGUAUUGUAGGAAGAUAUGGUGAUAGAUGUGAUAAGAACUGUAGUAAAACAUGUGAUGGUAGAUGUGAUAGAACUAAUGGUAAAUGUAGUUUAUGUAUUAAAGGGUACAGUGGAGAUACCUGUGAUAAAGAUUGUAAAGAUAACUGUACUAUUUGUAAUCAAGAUGAUAUCAACAACUGUUCUCAAUGUAUAUAUGGAAAAUAUUAUGGAACAGCAUGUAAUUACACGUGUAGUUUGAACUGUAAACACGGUUCCUGUUAUCAAGAAAACGGUGACUGUUCCGGUGGCUGUGUGGAGGGUAAAAUGGGAAUGGACUGCUCCAAAAAUUGUACUUGGGGAUUUUAUAGUGAGAAUUGUAACAGAACCUGUGGAAAUUGUGCUCAGAAUGCAUCAUGUGAGAUAACCAGAGGAAGUUGUGGUUUAGUUGGAUGUAUAGAAGGUUAUACAGGAGAUACUUGUCAUGCUAUUAAACGUAAGAUAUAUAUUAAAAUUGAUUUUAAAAUCGAAGUAGUCAUGCAUAAUUGUAUCAAAACCUGUCGAAAUUGUGCUCAGAAUGCAUCGUGUGAAAUAACCAGAGGAAGUUGUGGUUUAGUUGGAUGUAUAGAAGGUUAUACAGGAGAUACUUGUCAUGCUAUUAAACCUCCCGGGCCUGAUUCUCUUAUUUUACCUGUUGUUGUAUCGGUUGUUGUAGUUGGUAUUGUUGUUUUAGUUAUUGUCGGUGUGGUUAUGUUCAAAAGAAAAAGAAAUAAAAGUAAUACACCAAGGCUAGAAUCUGAAGAUAAUAAAUAUGAGAACUUCAGUUUGACGAAAUCGAUUAUUAGAAACGAUACAUCAGAACAAGUCAUAGAUAAUGGAGAAUCUGUUUAUGUUAAUGAUGUCAGAUCAGAUGUCUUUGUUAAUGAUGCUAGUCUUUAUCAGAACAUCCAAAUUACACGAUCCAAAACUUGUAUCGAUCUGAAGGAUUUGUGGGAAACCAUUCAAAGAAAAAAACAAGAAAAAUCUUUCAAACCAGAAUAUCAGAAACUGCCAAAAGACUUGUGUUCACCAGUUGAUGUUUGUAUGAACGAUGUAAAUCGACCUAAAAAUAGAUACAGAAAUAUAUGUGCAUUUGAUCACACACGGGUGAAACUAGAUAUUGAAAAUGAUGACCCCACUUCAGAUUAUGUCAACGCCUGUUAUAUUACUGGAUAUGGAAACAUCAAGAAUAAAUACAUCGCGGCACAGGGACAAUGA